CCCCGCGUCGGAACCCGAGGGCAGCGGUAGCGGUUUCCCCCUGAAGGGAGGAAGAGUUUCGCGAGAGCACACAGGAAAGGCCAGGCGCCGAGCGGCGGGCAGCGGAGAAGAUGACUGCAUUCUUUAAAACACUUCGAAAUCACUGGAAGAAAACUACAGCUGGGCUCUGCUUGCUGACGUGGGGAGGUCACUGGCUGUAUGGGAAGCACUGUGAUAACCUGCUAAGAAGAGCAGCCUGUCAAGAAGCUCAGGUGUUUGGCAACCAGCUCAUUCCUCCCAAUGCACAAGUGAAGAAAGCCACGGUCUUUCUCAAUCCUGCAGCUUGCAAAGGCAAAGCCAGAACUCUAUUUGAAAAAAAUGCUGCCCCAAUUUUACACCUGUCUGGCAUGGAUGUGACGGUUGUCAAGACAGAUUAUGAGGGACAAGCCAAGAAGCUCCUGGAACUGAUGGAAAGCACAGAUGUGAUUAUCGUUGCUGGAGGAGAUGGGACACUGCAGGAGGUUGUUACUGGAGUACUUCGAAGAACAGAUGAGGCUACCUUCAGUAAGAUUCCAAUUGGAUUUAUCCCGCUGGGACAGACCAGUAGUUUGAGUCACACCCUCUUUGCCGAAAGUGGAAACAAAGUCCAACACAUUACAGACGCCACACUUGCCAUCGUGAAAGGAGAGACAGUUCCACUCGAUGUCUUGCAGAUCAAGGGUGAAAAGGAACAACCUGUGUUUGCAAUGACUGGCCUCCGAUGGGGAUCCUUCAGAGAUGCUGGCGUCAAAGUUAGCAAGUACUGGUAUCUUGGUCCACUGAAAAUCAAAGCAGCCCACUUUUUCAGCACUCUUCAGGAGUGGCCUCAGACUCAUCAGGCCUCCAUCUCUUACACGGGACCUAGAGAGAGACCUCCCAGUGAGCCUGAAGAGACCCCUCCCCGACCUUCUCUGUACCGGAGAAUAUUACGCAGGCUCGCCUCAUUCUGGGCACAGCCACAGGAUGCCUUCUCCCGAGAGGUGAUCCCAGAGGUCUGGAAAGAUAUGCAGCUGUCCACCAUUGAGCUGUCCAUCACCACCCGAAACAGCCAACUUGACCUGAUGAGCAAAGAAGACUUUAUGAACAUUUUCAUUGAGCCUGAUACUGUCAGCAAAGGAGAUUUCAUAACCAUAGGAAGUAAGAAGGUGAGAGACCCUGGCCUGCGCGCAGCUGGUACCGAGUGUCUUCAAGCCAGUCACUGCACUCUGCUGCUUCCUGAGGGCACUGAGGGCUCCUUCAGCAUUGACAGCGAGGAGUAUGAAGCCAUGCCUGUGGAGGUGAAACUGCUGCCCCGGAAGCUGCGCUUCUUCUGUGACCCUAGGAAGAGAGAGCAGAUGCUGCAGAGCGCAUCCCAGUGACCCGGCAGCAGCCUGGCGCUCGCAGGCCGCACUUCGAGCCACCAGUGGGACCACAAGGGGACGGGUGUGCUUCAUCUGUCCCGAGUGUUGUUGUCACAGGAUCCCAAGGGAAUUUUCAUGGCAAGUACUCCUGCCCCCUCCUCCCGUAGUGCUUCCUAGUGUGCAUACCCUGUCACCCAGCUGGCGGUCAGCCUUGUUAGCCCAUGCUUUCCUUGUGCCGCCGUGGUAGUUGAUCCCUCCUCCAUAGUGCUUUGCUCCGGCUGGGUCAAGGAAGUUCUUGCACUCAGUGAGCUGGAAAGGGCUGGGAUUUUCUGAUUGCCCCACAGUGGAGAGUGGAAUGUGUAGACUAAGCUACUGUUCCAGUUUUCUGACCGUCCUAGGGCAUCCAAGGGAAGCAGCUGCCUUCUUCAGGUGCCUCUCCCUCUUUCCGGGCUCUCUCAUGGGUGCUGUUCCUCCAUGAUCUCCACUUUGGCUGGUCUCCAUCUGGAAAGCAGAUGUGAGGUGGAUCCCUCCUCAGCCAUGGCUAACAUACUAUGUUGAAAGAGCAAACCCGUGCUUCUUCAUUGUUAGUUUGCAUGUGCACAACUGAGGCGCACGGUGAAACUUACCAACCUGGACUCACCCCAACACCGUGGAACUCAGUCUGGCUGGAAUCUUCAUUUAAACAGCUGCUUCCUGGGUCAACCAACCUGACCUGGAGGAAGUAUUUUAAAACUACUUCAUAAACUGACUUUCCCAAAUGUAUUAUAUGUAUUUUUUAAAAAUCACGUAUUCAUGUUGACAUCUGUCAUUUUUCAUGGGAAGUUACACACUUGUCAGUGUGCUUUCUGGUGUUGUGUGAAUACUGUUUACAAAUAAAAAGCGUCGCAUCAUUCUUUUAAACAUA